AUGACAAGUCAAAAUGGAGACAGUCUGAUGCUGCAGGACAAGAUAAAUGUGCACUUAGAUUCUAUGAACGGAAACGAUAUGUUUCGAUUUCGCAACCUACAACAAUGGUACGUAACGAGUAUAUGGGAUGUGAAGAGAGAUUUUCUCCGAAAUAUAUUGGACGUUUGCAAGGAUCCUUUGUUUUUAUUUAUUUUGCAAAAAGUUUUCGACAGGACAUAUUAUACCAAAAGUCUUACAGCGUACAAUAUUAUUGAUUUUUCCUUUGACAUUAAUCCGGUCGAAGAUAUAGAAUCCUUAAAAUUAACAGCAUUAAAAUCAAAAACGAAUAACGACUCUGAUUGGUUUUAUGGAUUGUCGAAACAUGGCCAACUAGUAGUGUUUAUCAGACUUAUGUUAUUAGGUGGAAUCGAUAUUAUAACUGAUAUUUGCAAUUACCUUAAUCAUUUGAUAAAGCCAUAUGGUAAAUUACCGAGAUUGAAGGACAUAGUUGGUAAAAAUACUGAAAUACAAAAUUCAAUCCUCACAGUACAAAACGACUUACUACUGACGGACAGAUUAUCAGGUUCCGAAAAAAUACUAUCAAGAUCUAAUUUUGACAAAAAUAAGUCCAAGAUUACUGAUGUGGUAUAUCGGAAUUAUAUUGAACGCACAAACGAAUGGAAAAACAAAUUGGAUUUAUUCGACCAGAAAUACCAAACGAAUUGUAGAACCACUGAAGUCGACAACGACUUGACCCAAAUGCUUCUGGUUAGUCAUGAUAUUCCUGCUAGCGAGGAAUUAUUAAGCGAUCAUUGUAAAGAAAAGAACAAAAUCCCAAUAUCAACUAACGGGAAUACCGAACAUAAACCAUUGCAUUUAAGUCUUACAUUGGCUUCUAUAACAGAGUACAAAAAAGCAAGAAAUUACAUUGACAAGAAAAUUGACAGACGUUUAAAAAUACAAAAUACAAGGGAAUUAAACAAUAAAACUGAA